UGAGUGACUUUACAUCGGGUCCACCUUCGUCGCCGGCCAACCUCGGGUACCACCACCGGCAGUCACUUGGGAACGCGAGCCCCACCGGCGGCCAAUACACCAGCGCAGCGUUGGGUGGUGCCGCUGGAGCGACACCGCGCCGCUCGUGGUCCAAUUUCGCUUUCAAUAACAAAAACUUCCCCGACGGCAAGCUGAACUACGAGUGCCAGCAACAGAUGGAUCCGAAGCUCCACAACCACCAGCACCAGCCGGGAUCGUCCCCAACAUCGCCGUCGCCGACGUACGGCAACAAUGGGUCCAUGGGCGGAAGGCAUGCCGGCGGCGGUGGCAACAGUGGUGGUUCCCAUUCGCCCGGCGGCGGCGGUUCCCUUGGUGGCGGAGGUGUCAAGGGAUACGGGUUUGGCACGGCCGCCACACGAAACCGCUUCGAACGGUCCGGCCAGGACGUGAUGGCCCGUGCAUCGCAGAUCGUGAUGAAAAACAAAUCGUUUCGUCCUCGGGAACGGCCGAAGAAGGGCCUCAAGAAUCUCCAGUCGGUGAAAACGCUUUCCGCCGGCCAAAACCUCACGAAUCAGACGUCGGGCAUCAAAACGCGCAAACAGCCGCUCACCGUGACGGCCCAGUUCCAGAACUCGCUGAUAGCGCUGAUGGAAACGUUAAAUCAGGCAAAUCCAUUCUUCAUACGGUGCAUUAAAUCGAACCCGAACAAGAUUCCGAACCAGUUCGACGACGCAACCGUUACGAGACAGCUUCGCUACACGGGAAUGCUGGAGACGGUCCGCAUCCGGCGGGCCGGCUACAACGUGCGGCUGACGUACGAGGAGUUCAUCCAGCUGUACCGGAUCCUGCUGCCGAAGGGGCUGAUCAGCUCGCAGAAGGACGUGCGCGACUUUAUGAGCACGAUGGACCUGAACAAGCAGCACUACCAGCUCGGGCUGACCAAAAUCUACAUGCGCGAGUCGCAAAAGAUGCGCCUGGACGUGUCGCUGCACACGAAGAUCAUCGACAGCAUCAUCCGCAUCCAGCGCUGGUUCCGGGCGAUACUGCAGCGCAAAAAGUACUGCCAGUUCCGGACCGCCGCCUGCACGAUCCAGUCCUACUGGCGGGACUAUCUGCGCGAGAAGCAGGAGAAGUUUACGCGCAAAAUUCGCAACCACGCCGCCACCGUCAUCCAGGCGACGUGGCGCGGCUACACGGUGCGCAAGUGGUACGACAAGCUGAAGACGGGCGUGCUGGUGGUGCAGGCCCGCAUCCGCGGCAACCAGGCGCGCUCGAGGUUCAAAGAGUUGCUCAGCAAAAAGCUGCUGCAGCGCGAGCGCGUCAAGCUACGCUCGACGCAGAGCCUGCCCGUGGAGCGUGGAGCAACCGCGGCGGCGGCCGCUCCUCCACCAUCGGGCGGCGGUUACGCGGAGAUCGUCCAAGCGAUCGAGCACCGCAAAAAGCCGAUCCCGGUGUCCGUGGUGGGCCGGAGCUUCGAGACGGCGAUCGAUAUUGUGAACAAAAAUCGGGCCCUCUUUGCCGACGACAGCAUGUCGGCCGACUUUAUCGAUGACGACGAGGACGAGGGCGAGCCGGAGGAGGAGGAAGAGGAGGACGAAGCGGCCGGUGGUGGUGUGGUUCCCGUGGACGAUGAGGAUGAGGACGACGACGACGAGGAAGGUUACGAGGAUCUGGGGCUGGUGGACGAUCCGCACUAUGUGCCUCGCCGAGGCGCCGCGUUACAGAGUGGUGCCGCGCCGCUGCCAACGACCAUAGCGAAAUGCGCUCUUUUAGAUAGGAAUGAAAAGUACAUAAAAAAUCUGGUCAUAACGUCCGGGCCGCCGUCCGGUCCGGGUGGCGCCUCCUCGUCCGCCAGCAACAAUGGUAGCGCGUAUCAGAAGCCCGCCCUCCAGCGGCAGGAGGACGUGCUGGAUCGACCGAAUCCGCGGAUGUAUGACAUCGAGCGGGCCAGCAAGAGCACCUUCGACGACACGGAGCUGGCCAAGUAUCGGUACGCGCGCGGCGGAACCCUCGGCGGUAGCAUCGAUGGCAGUGCCGGUGGCGUCAAGCUGCCGGUGCGUCGUGUCGAUUCCGGCCCGUCCGCUUCGAUGGCGAGUGACGGAAGCGGGCGGCCGGGUGUGCAUCGGUUUCGCUACGGUGACACGUACGGCGGUGCUGGUGGUGGCGGCGGCGGUCUGAUGCGCAAUCAGCAACACAGCAAUAAUAGUUAUAGUAAUAGCAAUGUUGAAAUCGUCUUUGUAAAUACGGGACUAGAGCAGACCGGCGGCGGCGGCGGUGGCGGAGUUAUGAGCUCGGCACCCAGCGGCACCGUCACGGCACCAUCCGCCGGCAGCAGGAAUCUCAAUCGUAACAGCAGCAGCGGCACACUGACUCAAACGCCGCCCCAGCAAAUGGCUGGCAUGCGGCGUGACUCGUUGCCAUUCAGCCAUCGCCUUUCGUCCCGCACAAUGGCCGGCGAUGAAAUCAACUCAAACUAUCACCUGCUGCAGCAGCAGCAACAUCAUAAGCAGCAACAGAUGCUGGCAUCCUCAACCGGAACUCAGCACCAUCACCAUCAUCAUCAUCAGCAGCAGCAGCAGCAGCAGCAGCAGCAGCAGCUGCAGAGUUCAUCUUCCGGAGCGCCUUCCUCGUUGCCAUUGGUGGUCGGCUCGGGCCACAUCGGCAACUACCAGAACCUGCAGUUCCCGGCGACCUCCAACUACCAUCCACAUCACCACCAUCAGCAACAGCAACUGCAGCAGUCCGUGUACAACAACAACACGACACCGGCCACGAGCGGCGGUGUAAAAAUGGCGUCCUCCGCCGUCAACCAGCGAGCGACGGCCGCCUAUCCGGAUGACUUUGCGCAGAACUACUACAACACCACCGCCACGCCGAAGGGUAAGGCGGCGGCCCUGCUUGGUACGGCCAAGUCAGAGGACAGCAGUCUGGGCAGUGGCCCCAGGUACGGCACCGGUGCCGGUGGAAUGCUGACCAAAGCGGACAGCAGCGAUAUGGUGCUGGUAAGCAGCAGCAGCAAAAGCUCGAACCGGCGCAUCAAAUCGUCGAUCGUGACGUCCGAUGAGCAGCAGCUCGGAGGCGGUGGCGGCGGAAGCAGAAACAACAACAACGACGCCGUCAGUUACCAUCCCGGAACGGGGCUUUCGAGGCGCGCUCCGGUCGGUGCAGGCAGUGGGUCCAGUGGCAGCAGCAACGCCGCCGUCGCCGCCGCCACGCUGGACACCCUCAAGCGGCGCAACUCGGACCCGACGAACAAGAUUCCGCUGCUGGAGGUGAACCGGGGCAACGAUAUGUAUCAGUCCAGUACGCGCAUCAACAUCGCCGGCCACCAGUUCCGGAAGGUGCAGCGCAUCAACAAAGCGGAACGGUGCGCCUGCUGCCAGGAGAUUGACUCGUUCGUGAACGAAGGCUACCGGUGUCUCGACUGUAAGGUGCUGGUGCACACGAAGUGUAUCCAGAACGGGGGCAUCAAGUCGCUGCAGUGUGCCGCGGUCAAGCGCUCGAAGCGCAUCCGGACCGGGGGCGGACCGAAGCACGAUAAGCACCAGUCGAUCGCGGCGGCAGCCAGCUCGGGCAGCGGCAGCCAGAAGAUCUCGUCCACGCGCGAGUACACCGACUCGACCGAUAAGAUAAUAAGCGAUGCCAAAGAGCUGCAGCUGAUGCAGGACUUCAUCACGCAGAAGAUCUGCAAGAUGGAGAGCGACUGCGAGAAGCCGUCGGAGGUGGACCGCGUGUUCAAGCAGGCGCUCCGCGAGUUCAAGGACAACCUGGUGGCUCAGUACAGUGUGGCGCACAAGCAAAACUCGGACGUGCUGAACAUCAAGUACCGCGAUCUGAUCGCCAACUUCGAGCAGGUGAUCGAGACGACGUCCGGACGCAAGAACGACUUUCCGCUCACGAUGGGCGUGAACGCGUUCCGCGGCUUCAUGAACGAAUUUAUGAGCUCGCGCGAAACGGACAAACCGAAAACGAAGCGCAAGAAAGACAAAAAGCGAAAGCACGACGAUCACACCACGUUCAAUGGACAUACAUUCCAACUGACGAUACUCAACAUAGCGACGGCAUGUGAAAUCUGCCAACAGUUUCUCCUGUGGCCAAUCGAGCGCGGACUGGUGUGCCAAAAUUGUAAGUUAACGUGCCACAAAAAGUGCUACCAAAAGUCGGCCUCCUGCAACAAGAUCGCCAACAACGAUCCGAACGCGCUGCUCCACGGCACCGGACGGGGUUCGGCCGUGGUGGCCGGUGGGUGCGGGCCCGACGGACAGCCGCUGUACGGGGGCGGUGUGCCGACGAAGCUGUUCGGUGUACCGCUGACGGCACUGUGCGGCAACACGAGCGAUGGCGUGAAGAUCCCGGCCCAGAUCAACAAGCUGAUCAUGAUGAUCGAGAUGCACGGCCUCUACUCGGAGGGCAUCUACCGGAAGAGCGGCGUCAGCUCGAAGAUCAAGGAUCUGAAGGCGAAGAUGGACCGGGCGGUCACGAGCGCGGACGGAGGCGGUGGCGAGAUGGACUUUGAGUCGUACAACGUGCACGUGCUCACGAACGUGCUGAAGUCGUUCCUACGCGAGAUGCCCGAACCGCUGCUGACGUUCGAUCGGUACGACGAUUUUCUGCGCGCGGCCGACCUCUCGGACGGGAGCGAUCGGGUGCAGACGCUGCUGUCGCUGGUGAAGAAGAUCCCGCCGGCGCACCACUGUCUGUUCGAGCGGCUAAUCUUCCACCUGGCGUUGGUGGCCAAGCUGGAGCAGUACAACCGCAUGUCGGCGAGCUCGCUGGCCAUCGUGUUCGCACCGUGCGUGCUGCGCACCAACCGGUACGUGCCGGCCCAGGACAGUCUGAACGAUAUCGGGCGGCAGACGAAGUGCAUGGAGACGCUGAUCACGCAGAAGAUGCUGAACGUGAAGAGCACGCUGGCGGACAUCGAUACGCUCGAUACGGCCGCCCAUACGGCCACGGCCCGGCUCAGCACGCUGCGGAGUAGCAAAGUGUUCACGCAGGAAGAGAUGGCCAAUGCGCGGGGUGGCUCCAGCGGCGGUGGUGGCAUGGCCGCCGGUGGACUGCUCGAGACGGAAACGGAAGAGAUGUUGCUCGAGGGUCACAUCCAGGAGAUUCGCAAGGAGAAGGCACUGCUCACGUCGACCCUGCCGAGUUUGGCGCGGGCCAGCUCCGACGACGAUCUGCUGUCGACCGAUCUUGACGGCGAGGGCGGCAGCUUGGACGAUCUGAGCAACAGCAAGGAGAAGGAUCUGGACGUGAGCAGUAGUAGCCUAGCGGCGGGAUGCAGCGGCAGUGGGGCCAGCGGUGGUGGUGGUGGCGCUGGAGGAAGCAGCAAUCUGAUCAGCGACAGUGGCAUCUCGAUCCGCUACCAAGCACCCUCCGAUCACGGCGGUAGUAGUAAUGUUAGUCUUAACAAUGACGUCCCGAUGGCUGUGAGUUAUUCGUUACGUGAUCAGAGCGUGGGUGGCGGGGCGGACUACUUCCACAAGAUGGGCGGCUCCAGUGGUGGUGGGGCGAGCGCCAGUGGCGGCGGAGGAGGACCACCGGCAGUGAAAACCAAAUCCCUCUCCCAUCAGACGCUGCUCGAGCGGGAAGCGUUUCUGCGUGGCAGCAGCAGCAAGGGCUCGGCCUCCUCCGUCUCGUCGCCACAGUCCCCGACGGCCACCACCUCGGCGAUCGCCUCCUCGACGCCCUCGUCGUCCGCUUCCGCACCUUCGAUGAUCAAAACGCACGCACAGAACGGCGCUGGAGGCAGCGGCACUAGCGGUGGUGGUGGUGCGGCCGGCAAUAGUGGAGGAGGAGGUGCCACCGGAGGUUCUAGUGGUGGCACCGGUGGCGGAUCAUCGUCGGUGGCGGGCAAGCGGUCGGAUAUUAAUCUGAGCCACUCGAUGAUAACGCUGUCGACGACAUCGCACAGUCUGGGCGGAAGCACGACGAGCAGCAGCAGCAGCAGUGGCGUCGGCAGUACCGGCGGUGGCAGUGGCAGCGAGCUGCAGCGCCAGAAACCCAUCAUCAUCCGGAGCAUUUCGGGUGGAUACGAGGUCGGGGCGGUGGGUGGAGGUGGAAGUGGCAACAGUAGCAUCACCACGUCGACGACUUCCUCGACGAACAAUGCGCCGACGAACCACCGGAUCCUGAUCCAAUCGUCACCGACGUCGUCGGCAACGGCUACGGCACCGACCACUACCGCAACACCGUCUGGUGGUGGUGGCACAACCACUUCCUCCACAUCCGCCUCCAACUCGUCCAUCAAUGUGGCCCUCGCGAAAGACAAUAACGUCGGUGGGAAGGAUGGAUCGCAGCAUCACCAUUCCGGGGCCUCCACGGCGACGACGACGACGGCGCCACCCAUUAAGCUAUCUUCGCGCCGCAUGUCCGGCACCGGCAGUAAACGUUCGGGUGGUGGUGGUGCUUCGGGUGGCGGUUCAGGAAGUGCUGGUGGUGGUGGUGCGACACCCACCACACCAGCCGGUGACGAUGAACCAAUCAUGGUUUGAGUGAAUCGAAACGAAACAGGAUACAAUCGAAAGCGCAAAUCAGGACGGCAUUUUACAGGAUUUUUUGUGUUGGCCACCUGCACAAUACGGAGCGUGCGCGAGAGAGAGAGCAUUAGAUACAUUAAUUAAUUUAUGAAACGAUCGUUACACAUUUGCUCCGAGAGUGUGAAACGCGCCGCGAGCAUGACAAACGCAUGGUGGGGAUGCGCCUUGCAGCAGCAGAUCCACGUUGGCGUUGCUAUGCUGUGACAUACGGACCGAAAGACCAGCGGCCUCACUACUCUUCAGUUUUGUUUUUCUUUUUAUGUUACAAACGCAACAUGCCGCUAGAGAAAUGCAAGACGCGCAGUUUCCGAAUUAGCGUUCCUAGGGUUAAGUGUGGUGAAAAAUCGCGCAGAAACGCUGUCGUUUCGCUCGGACACAGAGUCGGGGACGAGGCGAGCAG